AAAAAAAAAUAAAAGUCUGAAACAAAAUGUAAUUUGAACUUUGAACACCAUCCCCUUCCUCCUCCCAAAGCAACAAAUCGUCAUUUUGGGUAUUUAAUCAAAUAUUGACGCCGUCGAAUUUAUUUCAACAUUUCUGACAUCCGACACUGUUGUUUACUGGUUGGAGGUUAUCGGGUACACUUCGGCUUCACGUCUGGCUGCGCAGUCAACACACACUCUCGCACGUGGAGCUACGUCAGGUAAGGAGAAACUGAACUUGUGUAGCCAUGGAAACCAUUCUUGUCAUUGGAAGUGGUGGUCGGGAACAUGCGUUGGCAUGGAAACUUGCUCAGUCACCUAGUGUGAGGCAGGUCUUUGUCAGUCCAGGAAAUGCUGGAACAUCAAAGAAUGGGAAAAUAGAUAACACAGCACUUGAUGUCAAAGAUUUUGGUGCUAUUGUUAAGUACUGCAAGGAUGAAUCGGUUGGCUUGGUGGUGGUCGGCCCAGAGGAUCCACUGGCUAAUGGUAUCAGUGACUACCUUAUUGAAGCAGGUAUUCCAUGUUUUGGACCAAGUGCAGCAGCAUCUCAGAUAGAAGCCAGCAAGAAUUUCUCUAAACAGUUUAUGUGUCAGAAUGGUAUCCCCACAGCUCGGAACCAGAGCUUUACAGAGGUGGAGUUGGCUUGUAAACACAUCAAUCAGUCAACAUAUCCUGCCCUAGUGGUGAAAGCCAGUGGUCUGGCUGCUGGGAAAGGGGUAGUGGUGGCAGAGUCAAAGGAAAUGGCUUGUCAGGCUGUCCGGGAAAUGUUACAGGAGAAGAAGUUUGGUGUGGCGGGAGAAAGUGUACUGGUGGAGGAAGUAUUGGAGGGUGAGGAGGUGUCGUGUUUAGCAUUCACUGAUGGCUCUACAGUUGUGAUGAUGCCGCCAGCUCAGGAUCACAAAGCGCUGAAUGAAGGAGACACCGGCCCAAACACCGGCGGCAUGGGAGUGGUGUGUCCCUACCCCAAGGUCUCCAAGGCAGACUUGGACAAGAUACAGACAGACAUACUGCAGAAAGCUGUAAAUGGAAUGAGGGAGCGUGGUACACCUUAUAAAGGUGUACUAUAUGCUGGAAUAAUGUUGACAGCAGAUGGUCCAAAAGUCCUGGAGUUCAACUGUAGGUUUGGGGAUCCUGAGGCACAGGCUAUUCUGUUGCUGAUGACCUCCGACCUUUUCGACACCUGUCUUGCUUGCACAAAUGGCAGCUUGAGUGACCAUUGUCCAGUGUUUGACCAUCAGAGCUGUGUGACUGGAAUAGUACUGGCCAGUGGAGGAUACCCAGGGUCCUAUAAGAAAGGGAUGACCAUCACAGGUUUAGACCGAGCAGAAUCACAUGGACUGACCGUGUUCCAUGCAGGAACUGCUGGAGAUGAGGACACGGUUCUGACCAAUGGUGGCAGAGUCCUAGCUGUCAUGGCAACCAGUCACAACUUCCGUACAGCUUGUAACCUGGCAACCCGAGGAGCUGCCCUGGUGAAAUUUGAUGGGGCUUACUACAGGAGGGACAUAGGGUUCAAGGUGUACGCUAGUUGCCCCGAAGAGCCUGGAAUGACCUAUCGGGAUUCAGGUGUAAACAUUACUGCAGGAAAUAGUCUGGUGGAGGCCAUCAAGCCUCUUGCAUCCAUGACCAGUCGGGCUGGCUCUACCGUAAAACUUGGAGGGUUUGGAGCACUGUUUGAUAUAAAGGAGGCUGGAUACACAGACCCAAUCCUGGUGGCUGGUACUGACGGUGUUGGUACAAAACUGAAGGUUGCCAAGGAUACCGGCUGUCACAGUACUAUAGGGAUUGACUUGGUUGCUAUGUGCGUCAAUGACAUACUGGCACAGGGGGCGGAACCACUGUUUUUCCUUGACUACUUUGCCACAGGGAGACUGGAUGUAAACUUGGCUAAGGAUGUGAUAGCUGGGAUUACAAAGGGCUGUGUGGAAGCUGGCUGUUCUCUCAUAGGAGGAGAAACUGCCGAGAUGCCUGGGAUGUAUCCAGGCGGAGAGUAUGAUGUGGCUGGUUUUGCAGUUGGUGCUGUCGAACGAACAAACAUCCUACCACGACUAAAUGAAAUAUCAACAGGAGAUGUCCUGAUUGGUCUGAAAUCUAGUGGUAUCCAUAGCAACGGUUUCAGUCUGGUACGGAAGGUGAUAGAGAAAGUUGGAAUCAGUCUUGACAUGCCAUCCCCGUUUGGAUCUGGGAUAACCAUAGGAACUAAUCUCCAGGCUCUCAUAGACUACGUCCAGGAACAAAACAACAAUAGUUGUGCAGAGAUUGCACUGGUUAUUUCGAAUAAGUCAGGGGUGCAGGGACUGGAAAGGGCUCGCCAGGCAGGGAUACCUACACAGAUUAUCAACCAUAAAGAUUUUGGAAGUCGUCAAAGCUUUGAUGAGGCUGUUCACAAAGCACUUGUUACCGCAGGAGUGGACAUCGUGUGUUUGGCUGGCUUCAUGAGGAUCCUUACUGGUGAUUUUGUUCGUAAGUGGAAUGGCUGUAUGCUGAAUAUCCACCCCUCUUUGCUGCCAUCCUUCAAGGGACAUGAUGCCCACUGUCAGGUGUUAAAGGCUAAUGUCAGGAUUUCAGGCUGUACCGUACAUUUUGUAGCUGAGGAAAUAGAUUCAGGGGCCAUACUGGUUCAGGAAGCUGUUCCUGUGUAUCCAGACGACACUGAGGCGACCUUAUCGGCCAGGGUCAAGACUGUGGAGCACCGUGCCUUCCCAAGGGCCUUGGAGCUGGUCGCCAGUGGACAGGCCAGACUGGGAGGGGAAGGUCAGAUUAUCUGGUGUCAGUAAAAGGACAAAGGUCACAUUGUCUGAUGUCAGUAAAAGGCCAAAGGUCACACAGACUGCUGUCAUAGAAAGGUCAAAGGUCACAUAGGCUGAUUUCAUUAAAAGGUCGAAGGUCAAAACGUCUGAUGUCGUUAAAAGGUCAAAGGUCACAAAAGAAAAUAAGACUUGUGUCGGUAAAGGACAAAGGUCACACAGACUGUUGUCAUUAAAAGGUCAAAGGUCACAUAAUCUGAUGUCAGUGGAAGGUGAAGGCUUUAUAUUCUGGUGUCCAUUAAUGAAUGUAGAGAGAUUGAAGGGGUAGGGUAUCACCAAGGUAGCAGUAGACAUUAUUUCCUGUGUUACCAUUCAAUGUGGAGGUCAAACUUUAUGACAAGGACAAUUAAACAUGUAAGUUGGUUAUCCAUGUAUGGUGACGUCGCCAAGAUGUUAUCAACUAUUUUAAGUCUGUUGAAAACAAGAUGUAUAUGGAUGUUGUGUAGUAACACCAACUAUUGUGUACCAUGGAAUAGUCUGAGUUAGAUCUGAAAUGCUCUGCUGUUUGUUAUAAUUGUACCAGCUGUAGUGUUCUACUGUCAUUCAAGUUGUAUAAUUGAUUGUAUGAUCACUUCCUGUUAGGAACAAAAGCACAUUAUCGUAGUAUUCCCCAGUAAAUUAGGGUCCCGCAUUCAGAAAAUUGGUAGGACCUAUAUUUAAAUAUCCUAUUUUAAUGAAAUUUGGAUAUAAUAGGGCUUAAGUUAAAGUUAUAGUUUGACAUGAUUUUUGUUGAUAUAUAAUAGAGAGAAAAGUUGAAGGACUACUUUAACAUGGAGAUCUACAAAGAUUUUUCCUAAACUAGUUCUAAUUCAGAUAUGUACCUGUAGUGCUUUUUAUAUGUGUUCAAUAUACAUAUAUGUAUUAGCUGACUGACACUAUAACAUAAUUAUGGUAAAAGAAAAUGGGCCUCCUGUAUCGUCAUGUUUUCCAUGUAAAUUUCCCAACUGCACAAUUAGCAUAUAAUAAAGUUUGCUUAAGGGUUAGUAUCAAACUGUAAUAUUGAAUUACUUCUUACUAAUCGAAACUAAAUGUUUCCUGAUAGGUAAUAUAUACAAGGCAUUAUCGAUGUAUAUAUAUAUAUUGAAAGAUUUUGAUGUCAAUUAAUGCUUUUGAUUUUCUGAUGUUACAUUUAAUGGUUUGUUAUGCACAUGAAAUAAACUGUUAGUUUUA